CUUCCUGCAUGUGCCGACAAUAUGGCAGCGCCCAUAGCGAUUCAUCUGGAGUUUGGCGGUGGAGCAGAGCUGCUUUUCAACGGUGUGAAGGAGCAUCAUGUGACUCUUCCAAGCCAGUCCGAACCCUGGGACGUGAAGCAGCUGCUGGUCUGGAUCCAACGGAACCUGCUGAAGGAACGGCCCGAGCUCUUUGUCCAGGGCGACUCUGUGAGACCUGGGAUCCUGGUGCUUAUCAAUGAUGCAGACUGGGAGCUAAUGGGGGAGCUGGACUAUCAACUACAAGACCAAGACAACGUUGUGUUUAUUUCCACUCUUCAUGGAGGAUAGAAAACGAGUGAGGAAUACAACCCUAUCUUUGACUUCUCUGUGACAGCCUUUUUCUCCACAUCCUCUGCACUCUUCACUCCUUUCCUCCCUUCACAUCUCAACAACACACCACCCCAUUGGACACUGCGGAUGUGUCAGCCUGCACCGUGAGGUCUGACCAUGAUUGAUGUCGGUCCGCAGGAAUGAGUGGAAAUUCAGAGAUGGUUACCAAGAAAAAUGUGGAAACUGUGAGACGGGAAUUCUGUGGACGUUUGCGUAACAUUUUUUGAAAAUCAGACUGUACAGGUGUAAUGAUAUGAAGCUCAGGUUACACCGGCCAACUCACAGGUGCAAGUGUACAUCACAUCACAUGUGUAAACCUCCAUCUCCCUGCAUCUUCUCUUCCAGCAUAACCAUGAAAGACAAUAUGACCCAGUCUUAUAGGAACUUUAAUGACCUUCAGUCCACAGGAAGAUAAAAUACAAGGUAACGCUUCGCUUUAACCCUAUAACCCAAAUUAGCAUCUCUAAGCUGUAUGUAAACAUUUAAUAUAUUCAUAACACACUGUAAUAUAGUUUUAAGCAGAUAUAAGGACAUUUUAGGUGUUUUUAAUGUAUUUGUCAACAAUUAAAACUUCUCCAAUUAA